AUGUCCAUCCCUUCCACAAUGAAAGCGGUGGUGAUUGAGCAGACGGGAGGCCCAGAAGUUCUCCAAUUCAAGACCGACCAUCCGGUGCCGACACCCAAGGAAGGCCAGCUGCUCGUCCACAACAACAUUUCCGGCGUCAACUACAUCGACACCUAUUUCCGGACAGGGCUGUACCCUUCACCGAAACCCGAAGUUUUGGGCCGUGAAGGCGCCGGAGUCGUCGCUGCGGUGGGCCCCAACACCUCUAGCUUUCAGGUCGGCGACCGUGUCGCGUGGCUGGGAACGUCUGGGUAUGCAGAGUACACAGCGGUUCCCGCCGACAAGACCGUCAAGAUCCCCGAUGGUAUUAGCGAGGAAGAUUUGGUAGCCUCUUUCCUAAGUGGGCUGACGGUUUUGACCCUGGCCAAGGAGACAUACCCUGUGCAGAAGGGGGAUUGGGUCCUGUUGCACGCCGCAGCCGGUGGUGCGGGUUUCUUGAUGACCCAAGUGCUGAAGUCCAUGGGAGCCAAGGUCAUCGGCACCGCGGGUGGAGCAGAGAAAUGUGCACUGGUGAAGAGUCUUGGGGCCGAUCUCGUGAUUGACUAUCGAAGCGACGAGGGCAAAGACUGGGUGAAGCUGGUGAAGGAGGCCACCGGUGGCCGUGGUGUGGAUGUGGUCUACGACUCCGUGGGCAAGGAUACCUGGGAGGGUAGCUUGGAAGUUGUCAAGCGCAAGGGAACUGUGGUCUGGUUUGGCAAUGCGAGUGGCCCCGUGCCUCCUCUUCCUCUCCAGAAAAUCGCACCCAAAUGUGUCAAGGUUGCCCGGCCGAUGCUCUUUGGCUACAUCGAGACUCGGGAGGAGUUUGAAUUCUACACCAAUGAGCUGUUCAGCCUCCUCAAGUCUGGCCAGCUGAAGACGAAGAUUCACAAGAUCUACCCAAUGGAGGAUAUUGUACAGGUGCACCAGGAUCUGGAAGCUCGGAAAACCAUGGGUAAAUCGCUCUUGAAGCCUUGA